UAUAAAAGUACCGAUUGUCACGGACAGUAGCAUUCGUAUUUCGGUACAGACACGAUAGAAGUCACCGCAAGAACUUACCCCCGUGUAGUACAAUGGCAGCUAAGUUGUUCCUGAUCGCCUGCGUUCUGGCCGUAGCCAAUGCCGGAUACAUCGGAGUGCCAUCCGCCCUGCAGUAUCAGUACGCUCCGAUAGCGCAUGUUCAACCCCAAGCUAUCACGUCGACGUCCGACAACAUCUUACGUAGCCACGGCAAUCUGGCGCAGGUAGCCACCCAGACCAAGACCAUCGACACGCCUUUCUCUAGCUCGAGCAAGACCGACAUCCGCGUAACUAAUCCGGCCGUCACUACCUACGCUCAUCUCGCUCAUCCAGCCCCGUUGACGUACGCCGCGGCCGCACCAGCGGUUGUACGCGCCCCAGCUGCCCUUGGAGUCGCUUACUCGCCAGCCGUCGAAGUAUCUCACAUGAGCUAUAGCAGCCCGAUCGGAAUCGCCUACGCCUACUAAAUCGACCGCAUCUGUGUCAGACGUGACUUUAUGUAACACACAGAUAUAUAUAUAUAUAUACAUACGUAUUUAUUACAAAAAUCCUAGAUACCUGUAACUACUUCUAGUAUGUGGCAAAUUGAUGGCACUGCAAUGUAGGUAGUUACGUACAAUAAAAACUGUAUUUUAUUCUACAAUCUA